AUGAUAUCUAUCAUCGUGCCAAGAAACGGCCACAGCUCCGAUCUAACCAAUCUCGCGCCAGCGUUAUUUCGGUUUUCACUCCUCUUCAAAUAUUCAUUUCUCAUUCCUGCUUUAUUUUCAUUUUUUCAAUUCUUUCUUGAUUUUUUAGAUGUCGCAUUUUAUAAAAGAUUCCCACAAUCAUUUUACGCAUUCAUUAUGCCAACGGAUAAUUUCUUUUUCACUUGGUCUUCAUUAAUUUCAUUCCCUUAUUCUUUCCUCUUUUUUUCUUCGUCUUUCUUUUGCAUUUUAUUUGUCGACUUCUUUUCUUUUUCUCUUAAUUUCUCUUCCUCUUUACUUUUAUCCUCUUUCCUCUUUUUUUCUUCGUCAUUGUUUUGCAUUUCCUCUUUUGACUUCUUUCUUUUUCUUUUAAAUUCUCUUCAUCUUUUCUUUUUUCUUCUUUUCACAUGUUUUUUCGUCUUACUUUUGACUGUCUUUUUUUCGACUCUUUUUUUCUUCCUCUGUUCUUUUAUCUGCUUUCCACUCUUUUCUUUGUCUUUUUUUUUUCACUUUCUUUUUUCGACUUCUGCCAUUUUUCUCUUAAUAUCGCUUUACCUUUUCUUUUAUUCUCUUUCCACUUGUUUCUUCGACUUCUUUCUUUUUCUCUUCAUAUUUCUUCGUCUAUUCUUUUAUUAUUUUUCCACUUGUUUUUGCAUCUUUCUUUUGUAUUUCAUUUUACGACUUUCUUCUUUUAUUCUUCUUGUUUUCUUUUGUCUUCUUUCCACUUGUCUCUUCGACUUUCUUUUGCAUUUCAUUUUUCUACUCUUUCUCUUUCUCUUAAUUUCUCUUCCUGUUUUCUUCUUCCGUCUUGUUUCUUCCUCUCUUUUUUUUUGCAUAGAAUCCUUUGUCUUCUUUCUUUUUCUUUUAAUUUCUCUUCCUCUUGUCUUUUAUCUUCUCUCUACUUGUUUAUUCGUCUUUCUUUUGCAUUUCAUUUUCGUCUUUUUCUCUUACUCUUCAUUUCUCUUCUUUCUUUUCUUUUAUCUUCUUUCCACUUCUUUAGUCACCUUUUUAUUUCUUUCUUUCUUUUCCUUUCUUUCUUUUAUUCUUUCUUUCUUUCUUUCUCUCUCUUUCUCCCUUUCUUUCUCUCUUUCUUUCUGUCUUUCUUUCCCUAUUUUUCUUUCUUUCUUUCUUUCUUUCUUUCCAUUUCUCAAUUUUAUCACCCCUAAAUACAUUUACACACUGUUCAUUCACAGUCACCCGUUCUGUCUACCUGUCAUGACAACUUUGUUCAGGAUUAGAUUUUAUCGGUUGAUAACUGCUGUCAUUUUUGUUCUCGACUUGUUCCGCCUGACCGCCCGGAUCCACCACAAACGCCACCUCCGGUGCCCGAUGGCUAUUUGCUCACUCAUCCGACAGACGUUACGCUGA